AUGAAUGAAGAAAUAAUAAAAGAAGAAAAAAGUAUAAAAAGAAGUAGAAAAGAUUGGGACGAUGCUUCAACAUUAGUAAAUCUUAAAAAUCCAAAGCAAUCAAAUAUUGAAAUAGUAGAAGAUAAUAUAAUCUUUGAAAAUAGUAAUAUUUCUAAUGAAGAUAUAUUAAAUAUUAUUAAAGAAUCAAACAAUGAUAUUGACAAAAUUUUAUUUAAAAUAUUAGAUAAAAUUAAAUGUGAAAAAAUUAAUGAAUGUAUUUAUAAUAACAACGAUUAUGUCAUUGCAAAAUAUUCUAAAAAUAUUUCAAAAAUUUGUAAAGAAUUAAAAAUCAACUAUAAUGAUUUAAAAUUAAAAUAUUUGGGAGACAAAAAUAAAAAAAAAAUUAUUAACUAUUUUAAAAAAUCAAAAAAUACAGUUUUUGUUAAUUUAUUGAAGAAUAUAUAUAAAGAAGUAGUAGAAAAUAACAUAAUCUUUGAAAAUAGUAAUUAUAUUUCUAAUGAAGAUAUUUUAAAUAUUAUUAAAGAAUCAAACAAUUAUAUUGAUACUAUUUUAUUUAAAAUGUUAGAUAUAAUUAAAUGUGAAAAAAUUAAUGAAUGUAUUUAUAAUAACAAGGAUUAUGUCAUUACAAAAUAUUCUAAAAAUAUUACAAAAAUUUGUUUAGAAUUAAAAAUUAAUUACAAUAGGUUAAAAUUAAAAUCUUUUUUCAAAAAAAAUGCAAAAAAUAUAAUUGAAAAUUUUAAAAAAUCAAAAAAUACAGAUUUUGUCGAUUUAUUAAAGAAUAUAUAUAAAGGAAUUUCAGGAGAGAUCACUAGCAUGCCCAUGGGGAUAAGAGGUGCAAAUCUUAAUCAAGAAACUCCAACUAUACCUGUGAUAAGGAAUAAAACACCACAAACAAUUAUUUUAUACCCAAAGAAACGGAGAGGACGUCCAACAAGAAGUGCAAAAAGUAAAAAUGCUGCAAAAGAAACCAAACGAUUGAUGGAAGAGUUUAAAGAGCAUAACAAAGAAAUUUAUCAAAUGAUGAAUCAGAUAAUGGUAAAUAUGAAAAAUUUGAUGAUAGAGAUUCAUCAAAAUAAAUCAAAUGAAAUAACAUUAAAUACAGAGAUGCAAUGUGAUCAACGUAUAAGGCAAGAUAAAACUUCCUCUGAAUCAAUCAAAUCAGAAAAUAUUAUAAAUGAACAGCGCCACUUGGAAAAUCAAAUAAAUGAGUUUAUAAGCAAUGAAGAAGAGGAUCACUAUAGAUUACAUAAGACUUAUAAAGUUGAUAAAAUAGUCAAACCAUUUAGAGGAGAAAAUUUAAAAGAAUGGUUAGCAAUGCUUGAAAGAUAUUUUCAAAUAUAUGGAAUUAACAAUGAAGAGGAUAUGCACUUUAUAUUGGCAUCAAAAAUAGAUUUUAAAUUGUAUGAUGAAAAUAUAAAUGAAUUUAGUAAUAUCUCUUCUUAUGCAGCAUUAAAAGCAAUUUUAAUAGAAAAAUUUGAUAAUAAAGCAUCUAAACAAAAUGCUGAAAUAGAAUUAAAAAUAAUGAAAGUUGAAAUGAAAAUAUCAGAUUAUAAAGAUAUAGAAAAAUUUGCUAAUAAAGCAUCUAUGUUAAUAAAAACUGCUUAUUCACAUUUAACAGAUGAACAAAGAUUCAAAAGAGUUGCAGAGAUGAUUGCAGAAAAAAUGCCUCAAAAUCACAAUAAACUGAUAUCUGUUGAAUUUUAUCCUACCUCACUACAAGAUGUUAUAUGCUAUAUGAAAGAGCUGUUUCAAAAAAGCGGCGUAAAAAAUAAAAAAAUUAAUAAUUUUAAAAAUAAUCCAAAUAAAUUGAAAAAGAAAGAUUUUACAAAAAAUGAAAAAUCAACUACUUUUAAGUCUUAUCAAAAAAGAGAUCAACAUGUUGAAAAUACUGUAAAUUACACAGCAAAUAUAGAUGAUAAGGAAGAGAUUUCUAAAUGUUGUAAUACCACAGUAGAAGAACAAAUAAAUAAAGAUUGA